CAGUUUUCAAAAUAUGCCCGGACAAGAUAGACAGCUGAGCGAUUUUAUUUCAGAGAGAUCGUCCUCGGUCAGAGUGAUAAAGGUUCAUCAUCUAACUUGGAAACAGAGCUGGGCUUAUAAAUUGGACCAUACUGCAUAACAAACGAAAUUCUUCCCAUCAAGGACCUUUCUUCAGGAUGGACAAUGGGGUGGCAUCCACUAAAGGAGAGAGCUUCCUGUCCAGGAUGGCCCUCAAUGACAACAAGGCUGGUAUGGAGGGUCUUGACAGGGACAAGAUCAACAAGAUCAUCAUGGAGUCAUCUAAGGGAUCUAGGUUUUAUGAGAAUGAGCUGAAAAGAGAGCAGCAGGUGAACCAGCGUAUUGAGAAAAUGAUGCUACAAAAGGCACAGAUUACAGAACAGCAGUUAAAGAAAGCACACGCUCAGGUGGAGAGGAUGGCCACAGAGCUGGAGAAGAGUCGUGAUCUCAGCCGUAUGAUUGUACAUGUGGACAUGGACGCUUUCUACGCUGCUGUGGAGACUAGAGACUGUCCUGAGCUGAAAGACAAGCCCAUGGCUGUAGGAUGCAUGAGCAUGCUGUCAACGUCUAACUACCAUGCCAGGAAGUACGGAGUCCGGGCCGCCAUGCCUGGCUUUAUUGCAAAGAAACUCUGCCCCAACUUAGUUAUUGUUCCAACCAACUUUGACAAAUACCGAGCUGUGAGUGAUGAGAUCCGGAAGAUUUUUGCAGACUAUGACCCUCACUUCCAGCCAUUGAGCCUGGAUGAAGCCUAUCUGGAUUUUACAGACCACCUGGAACAGAGACAGAGCUGGCCAGAGUCCUCACGCACACAUCCCUACCGCACCAGCGGCAACGCCACAGGUGAAGAGCAGGUUGAGCUUCCGCAGGAGACGGUGCCAGAGGAGAACGACCUCUCUCCGGUCCUGUUUGAGGACAGCCCAAGCUCCUCUCCCUCCUCACCGGGUUCUGCAAGUGUCGGUGCUGCUAGUGGUGCAUUCGAGGUGUUUGGGACGUCUGUUGAGGAGGCUGUGAGAGAGAUGCGCUUCCGCAUUGAACAGAAGACCAUGCUAACUGCCAGUGCAGGAAUUGCUCCAAACAUGAUGCUUGCCAAGGUGUGCAGUGACAAGAACAAGCCCAACGGCCAAUACAGACUCCCCUCCACCAGAGAGGCAGUCAUGGACUUCGUCCAGAAUCUCCCAGUCCGCAAAGUUUCUGGCAUAGGGAAGGUGAGUGAGAAGAUGCUCAACGCUCUGGGCAUCAGUAGCUGUUCUCACCUUCGCCAGCAGAUGGAGUUGCUGUCAUUGUUGUUCUCAGAGACAUCCUGGCAUCAUUUCAUGCAGGUUUCUCUGGGUUUGGGCUCUACAUUUAUACCAAGGCAUGAAGAGAGAAAAAGCAUGAGCACAGAAAGGACUUUUAAAGAACUGAGCAAAGUUGAGGAGCAGCUAUCUUUUUGCAGGGAGCUCUGUGAAGACUUAGCACAAGACAUGAAGAAAGAAGGUCUAAAGGGUAAAACCGUAACACUGAAGCUUAAGAACGUGAACUUUGAGGUAAAGACCAGAGCGCUGACGCUGCCGUAUGCUGUUGCCACAGUGGAUGAGAUCUUUGCUGUUGCUAAGGACCUACUGAAAACGGAAAUCGACAAUGAGAGCCCCCAGCCACUCAGACUGAGGCUCAUGGGUGUUAGAAUCUCCGCCUUUGUCAGUUCGGAUGAUAAAAAGCCCCUGCAGAGGAGCAUCAUAGGCUUUCUUCAGUCAGGCAAGACCGACUCUUGCAGUUCUCCCCAAGGAACGAUUCAAAAACUUGACAAAGAGCAUCUCUCCAAUCACGCCUUGGUGCAGAAGUGGCAGAGACAGAAGGAAGUUCCCUUGUGGAGUGAGCAGAGGGGGUUAGAGGGACAACAGAUCUGUGAGGAACCCAAACAGUCUUUCUUCCAAAGGGCUCAUGCCAAAAGACUGCAACUCCAGGCUGCGAAUACCAACACACAAGAGGAAGGCCAGAAUUCUUCUGUGAUUCCUUCCGCAGGCACUGAUGCUCAAAAGAGCAUAGACUCAUCAACAGAGGUGCACAAGAGUGACCUUGCAGCCACAGAUCUCUCAGAAAAUGACUUUGUCUUCCCCGUAGACGCUCGUGCAUCCACAUCAGGCUGUGGUGGACAAGUGUCGGAGAACCUUACCUGUCCAGUGUGUAACAGGCAAGUGGGCACGACCGAUUUAAAUGUCUUCAACAGACAUAUAGACCACUGUCUCAGUGAUGCCUCUGUAGAGUUGAACCGAUGCACAGUUUCUGACUCAGAGUCAGAUCUGGACCUCGACAAUGACCAAAGAGACUGUGAGGGGAUGGACGAAUGGAGGACAGAGUGUGAGGUUGAAGAGGAGAAGGUGGAGAACGGUGAAGAGCUGGAGUUGAACAGAGCUGAUCAUCGGGGAGGUCAACACAGCUUGGAAAACCAGCCUGGGAAACCAACGUUUUUGUUGAUCCAUGGUGACAACAAAAGAGUGACCUUGGCACAGCCUCAGUCAUGUAAUGAAAAAGGCCCGGUGCUCAUCUGCCCAGUGUGUCAGCUGAUCCAGGACAGUGAUGACCUCACUGUCUUCAACCGCCACGUUGACCUCUGCCUGAACCAGGAGGUCCUACAUGAGCUGAGGGGGCAGACGCUGUCGCCCAUAAAUCCACCUUCAGUCAUAGACAGAGGCCGCCUCCUGCCAGUGCAAGCAAGUAAAGGCAAAACCAAAAGACGGGACUCGCCUUCCUCUCCUCCUUCUAAAAAGGCUAAAGGCCUCGGUCCUCGCAACACCAUCGACAAGUUUUUCAGGUGACAGCCAUAUACAAACAAUGUCCAUCCUCAUCUGGAGGAAUUAAGAAAGUUUUCUCCACUCUCUCUUAUAAAAUUUGAAAUUAAGAUCGCUGUUUUAAGAAGCUACUGUAAGUAUUUGCACUAAUACGCCUUGUUGUUUUGUAUAAGCCAUACAGGAAAUAAAAAAUGACCAAUUCUGUUAAUUUCUGACAAAUUAAUGGAAAUAUAUAUGCCAGUGUAACUACUUAUUUUUGUUACUCAUUGAAGAUAAGCUUAGUAUAUUUAUUUUACCGUGUUCAAAAUGGAUCAUAGGGGUAUUUAUUACAUGCUGAGUGUUAUUUUCCUAAUUUAUCGAAUGAAGGUUUUUAUUCAGAUUUUCUCCAGUAAUUUUCAAUUGUAUUUAUUGUGUUUUCCAUUGAUGAUAAUGUAUAUGUUUAAUAAUGAAGAUAAGAGAAUCCUUCUAUCAUGUU